GAGAUGUAGAGAGAGGUAGAGAGAGAGAGAGAGAGCGCGCACUACGGUUCUCCGUCCCGGGCUCCCUGAGCCUGUGUGGUCCGAGGAGCCGGGAUGUCCUCUCACACACUGUUGCUAAGGGAAUGGACGGCGUUGAACGGAUCCGCGGUGCGGACCGAGUCCUCCUCCUCUUCCUCGCCAUCACCCUCAUCACCAUCAGCCCGCUGCGCUUCGGCGUGUGACUGUGUGUGUUUACAGGAGUCACUGCGAGCAGCGUGACGCGCCAGCGGCAGCUCUGCACCAGCCGGGUCAGGAAAAAAGUCUGCACUUGCGUGAGGGGAGAAAGGAAGGGAGAGCGAGGAAACCCACUCAGUUCAAUUUCCCUCACUCUCCUCCAGUCCAGUGGAGCUGCAGCCGGAGAGCUGAGGAGCCGGGGAUUUGACUGGCAGCUGGUACGCCACCACACGGGAGGGGAGCGAGGCGGCCGGGCAGCGGGGUCGACGAGCCUGGCUGAAGCCGGGUGAAUGCUGCCAGGCAAGGACGAGGGCUGAGGCGGCGGCGGCGGCGGCGGCAGCAGCAGCAUCAUCAUCGUCCUUUUUUGGAAAAGGAGCAUGGCAUCCACGGGCAUGCAGAUAUUCGGAUUUGUUCUAGCUCUGUUGGGCAUCAUGGGCGCCAUGGUGGCCACCGUGCUGCCCAACUGGAAGGUCAGCGCGGACGUGGGCUCCAACAUCAUCACAGCAAUCUCCCAGAUGCAGGGGCUGUGGAUGGACUGCACAUGGUACAGCACGGGCAUGUUCAGCUGCACACUCAAGUAUUCGGUGCUCUCACUGCCUGCGUACCUGCAGACUGCCCGCACCACCAUGGUGCUGUGCUGCGUGCUGGCUGCCAUGGGCCUCUGCCUCGCAUCCCUGGGACUAAAGUGCACGCGCUGGGGAGGUGGACGGCGCUCCAAGCGGCACGCGGCGAUCGCCAGCGGCGGCUGCUUCGUCGCGGCGGGCUUCCUGUGUCUGGUUCCCGCUUCCUGGUUCACCAACGAGGUCAUCACCAACUUCCUGGACUCCAGUGUGCCCGAGAGCAAUAAGUUUGAGCCCGGGGGCGCCGUGUACGUCGCCUUUAUUUCCGCCGGAUUCCUCUUUGUUGGGGGGUCCAUCUUCUGCAUGUCCUGCUCAGGGAAGCGACAUGGCCCCCAGGACCUGGUCCUGCUGCCUCCCCCUGACAAACUGCUGCUCCAGCAGCAGCAGCAACAGCUGCUCCAGCAGCAGCAGGAGCUGCAGCACCAGUACUGCUCUCUCUCCCCAUUAGACAAUAAGACUGGCUACAGCCUGCAGGACUAUGUGUGAUAAAGCAGCGCCGCGUACGCCACGGCUAAAGGGAGACGAGCCUGAGGGGUAACCAGAAAGGCUUAUGCAGCACACUAGGCUCUACUCCAGAUGGAGGUGGAGAAAAAGAUUGAGGGAGGAGGGCAACAACUUUGAAUUCAUUUUCCUCCUCUCCUUUUUUUUUUUCUUCCUGUUUUGCAAGCACAAGCAGUGGAGGUAUUCCCUAAGCAGCGACUUGGAACAAACAGUGUGAUUGUGCGAGGAGCCGGGAUGAGGUGCUGCAGAAUCGAAGGAAGCCGCCAACCAAAACGCAGACAUCCUUCAUCAGUAAAUCACAGAGAGUUCCCUGGGGAAUGGAUUAAGCAAAUAAGGAAGGCGUCAGAGUAGAUUUUUUUUUUUUCCCCCUCGCCAAAGGUUUGAAUUGAAAGACACAAAAAAAUUUUAAAAAGCAAUCAUUUAGCUGCUAUUUACAAUCGUUUGGUGCACUCCCAUCGGACGGAAUAGGCAAUAUAAUGCCUGAGAGCAGUAGGCGGAAGCCCUCUCAUAGUGAGCCCUUGUGUUUUUUUCGUAUACUAUAGAAUGAGAUGAAGGGAGAUAAAUGAUCAUAUUUUUGUUAGCUACUAGAGUGAUGUUGAUAUUUUGCCUCUAAAGCAUGCCGUGUGGAGCCUGUCUGUGUGUCAAUGCAGAGGAAUGCCUGGUAGAUGACUGAGACGUAUAGCCACACAAUGCCUGUGCCUGAAAAGCUGUAGAAACAUUACCCCGCUGGAACUGUUCAGAGAGGACUGUCAGGAGGAAGAGAUGGGGGCUUGCCGGGGCCGGGGGCCGAGACUGAAAAUGCAGACAAAACAGAGGCCCCCUGUCUCACCGCAGGUGGAGAUAUGAGAGAGAGAGAGGGGGACGGAGAGGCAAUUGAUAGGAAGAUUCAAUCCUCCAACAUCUGAUGUUGGAGGAUUGAUUUUGUCCCUAUAUUUCCAUUUGCACAAAAACAUCCCGGCUUUUAAGCAGCAGCUACCCAUCCCGCUCCAUUCCCGCACGCGCACACCGCACACACUUUGCACAUGCACUCCGUGUGUCUCCUCUGCGUACACUGUAAACACUCCAGACACGACCGGCUUUUUGCAUGUGCUUCUCACUCCUGUCAUCCUCCUCCGCACUGCCAUGGAAACAGAAUUCAGCCUUCAAAAUAUCGUUAUUGUCUGGGGGUAUGUGCUUGUCAUUCAGUGAUUUGAAGUUGGGGGGGGGGUCUCUUUGUCUCGCCGUGACUCUGGAAGCUUAAAUCAAAGCCUCUGCUCACACUACUUUUACUAAUCCCCUUUAUUAAUCUGCAACAUGAGGCAGCUUCCCUGUUACAUGGUUUUGAAAAAUGCAUCUCCUUCCCGCCCCCUGUCUAUACAACGCAAAGGGGGUGAGCAGAUGUUUAAUGGUGCAGUGGCAGAGAGGCAAAAAUGAAGCAGAGAGGGAGAAGCUUCUUGAGUCAUGGUCGACUGGGUAGCUGUGUGGCAGGCAGCUGAAAAAAAGGUUUGAGUCAUUCUCCAUAUGUGACUUGUUUUCCAAGUGCGUCAGCAGUGCGCAUUCGCCACCAGUCUGCACCUGCAGAAGGUCUCGGUGUCUUCCACUGUGUGGCCACUUGACUGUGACACCAUUCCUCCGUUUUCUACCUGUCAGUUUGAGUUGCUGUUUUGUCUUUUUUUUACCCACUCCCCGUCCUGCUUGUGUGUCACAUCUCACAUGGAUGCGAUGGCUGACGAGAGAACGCUGAUGCAUGCUGAGAGCGUGGCCGCCCCAACACAACACACGUACGGACCAGACAUGCGUAAACAAAACUCCCACCUACUCACAUGUCUCGCUUUUUCAACGUUUCUUUCUUUUUUUCUAAAAGCGGAAGGAUAUCGGAGGAAUAUUGUUUUUUCGUUGUCGAGACCGGUCUUGGCAGUGAUGCAUAGAAGUGCGCGUUCCCUCCUUCUCUUUCAUAAACAUUCUGCUUCCUGGGGGAGAGCAGAUGGCUGAGCCCAGCUCGCCACCUGCAGGCUGCUUCCUGCACGCCACGGGCAUCUCUGUGGGUACCACUGCGGGCCCUGGCAGCCCUCUCGGGUCAGGGUCCCACCCUUGCCCCGAGCGAGCCAUCGUAUCCAGCGCAGACUGUAGAAAGAACUGGCCUCCUGACAAUAACUCGCUGCCCGGGCACCAUAACCAAUGCAAUAAACAAAGUGAAGAAUGUGCCAUGUCAUCAACCAAUACUGACACGAUAUGUGUUUUUCGAGAAUGUGCCAAAUCGUUACAUGAUGACACGUUUUUAAUACUAUCCGGAGUUCUUUCUGUUUAUUUUUUUAUUGCAUUGUUUGUACAUGAAUUAUACAUUAUGAAAAAUGUUUUAUGGAUUUGUGAUUUGUUCUGCCAGUCUAAGUCUCAAGUCGACUAGAUGCUUGUGUACAGUCCAGUGCAGCUUUCGAGGGUUAUUCUAAAUCCUCUUUAUUCCUUGUUUCCCAGAGCACAGCAAGCCUUCGCUCGGAACAAGUUUCAUAGGAGCGACAUGAGUGUGGUAUUUUAUAAAUGAAAAACAAAAAAGAGGAUUUGUUUCGGGGAGUCUGGUUCACUGUAGGUCUGUGACAACUGUACACAAGUAUCUAAGCUUUUAAAAGGUGUUUAUGUUUUUACUGAGAGAUCAGAUUUCCCACGGAUUGUUUCACUAUACGAUACAAUACCAUGUUCAUACCAUAUCUUCUUUAUAAGAAGACGACUCAGUGCACCUUUACUUGUGUUACUUUAUUUGACAGCAGUUUGUUUCAAAUGGCUGAGCAGUCAGUGCUCCCUGGACCAGGACAAAUACAUAACACAACUGGCACUCUGGAAUUUAAAAAAAAAAGCAAAAGGGGGGGAAUGAUUUCUGUCUGCUAGAAUAGAGCAGGGAAAUAUGGGCUUGGGAUUUCUCUUUUUUUUGUGGCUGUGCAGCUUGAUCAUCAGCACGCGAUUUCAUUAGCUUAUAAAUGGCCAGAGUGCAAAGUGACUAGGUCCUAAAAGUCUAAAGAGUUACAACUCUCCUGCAUAUACUGUACCAAGACACUGAUUUAUCAUUUUGAUAACUGCAGCUUAUUCUCUGUGGAUGCUUUAGCACUUCUUACUUUGCCAGAGCAUAUACGUGAUGAUGAACCGUUCACAAGUUCUGAUAAAGUUGUCUCAAUGUGCUUGUGCAAGUAGUUCUAUUUUUUACCAGUAAACCUAUUUUGUGAAAGCAACGUA